GCAGCAUAUAUAUCAGCAGCAACAACAACAAAUUUGUGUUGGCGGCGCUAACUUCGCGCGGAAGGCUGCAGCAGCUGGGGAAAUUCAGCAUGGCAGAAAACGUAUAUUUGUUCGUCCCUAACCUGAUCGGGUAUGCAAGAAUUAUACUUGCAUUUGCCUCAUUUUAUUACAUGCCAACAUCACCUUACGUUGCUGGAUUCCUCUAUUUGAUGAGUGGUUUCUUGGAUGCACUUGAUGGACAUGCAGCUAGGGCUCUGAACCAAGCUUCCAAGUAUGGUGCUGUUUUGGACAUGCUGACUGACAGAUGUGCAACUUUGUGCCUUCUUAUGACAUUGAGCUUAUUCUACCCACCAUGGACAAUAGUUUUUCAGUUUCUGGUUUCUUUGGACAUCACAAGUCACUGGGCACAGAUGUAUAGCUCCAUGAUGAAAGGCAAACUAAGCCAUAAGUCAGUAGAAGAAACAGCCAAUCCUUUUUUGAAACUGUACUAUACAUCAAGGGUUGUAUUGUUUAUAAUGUGUGCUGGAAACGAAUUAUUCUUUGCAAUGCUGUACAUGAUACACUUUGAGCCUGGUCCCACAAUCAAUAUAUUUAGCACCAGGCUGGGCUUGUGGCAGUUACUAGCUGGUAUCUGUUUUCCCAUAUCCUUCAUAAAGAACUUGAUCAAUUUAGUUCAGAUGAUUGGAGCCUUCCAGGCCAUUGCCAACAGUGAUGUAUUGGAGCGACAGAAAAAAAAGUGAUGUAUGAAAUAUUUAUGGUUUUUCUGGAUCAGUUUUCAGCUAUUUGCAUAUUCCUGCAUUUAUUGGUAAUUUUAUUUAUUACCGAGUGAAACAUUAUUAUUGGUCAUAAUGAGAAACAAAAUCUGUUCACUCUAGUUUAAAUAAUGCAGAACAAUUAGACAGAUCCUUCAAUUUUACAUUCGAAUCAUUGACAACAAAGAUUGUUUUACGCUCCCUUCUUUUCUGUGGUAAUCAGGGGUGUAGCUACCUGUGAGAAAGGGGUGAUGUGACACCCCAAAUCCUUCGUGUGUGGAUCAGUACAUCUUCAGAUGGUCCACAAAAUCCUUAGUUAUUCGGUACAAUCGUCGGGUAAAACAGCAUCUAAAAUUUUGUCCUCGUCGGUAAAUUCCCAAAUCUAUUGAUGACCCUCAACCCCCUAAUCUGGAAGGUCAAACUGCGUCACCGGUUGUAAUAGAUUUUAGAAAUGACACAUUAUCUUUGAGAAUGCUCUGCCAAGGCCAACAGCAAGAAUCAAACGCAUAAUCAAGUUUCUUUUUCUAAAAAGACAUUUUUGUCGAUAACUAUAGUAACAAAUUUUACUAGUAUCUUCAAGCUGUAUUUAUUUUUUAAAGCGUACAAUAUGGUACCUA